GAUCGCUGCCCGGGCUUUGUCCGUUUCGUUUGUGUAUUAGAGUGGGCCACCGAUUUAAUAAGCUGACCUCUAGAUAAACCAAGAUUCCACUGUAUCAUGUGUGUGCACUAUUUUGAUUUUUAUUGCAAAUAAAACAAGGUGAUGACGCAAAUGAUGAGCAACAACAUAAAUUAAUUUCGGAUUGCGCAGCAGAAUCUACGAAAGUCAAAAAGAGCAAUCAAAGCAAAGUUGUCAUAUUUUGCAACAAAGAGUCGCGUGUAAUUACAACAAUUACAAAAGUAGCAAGUACUUUAAGUGAGUUUGUAACAAAUGUAAAUGAAAUCAUUACAAGCCGGGAGGGUGCCUGCAAAUAACAAUAAUUGUGCGUUAAGCAAGCGUCGCGUCGUUAUGUCUGUGACUGCAGCUAAGACUAAUCGCCAGCGAUCGCAUUGUCAACGCUGGUGCCUAAUUGUCUUGGCCAGCCUCUGGCUCGCUGCCACUGCCCACGCUAGUGCUAAUGGCGUGCACAUCGAGCUGCGACGUCGACGCAGCGUCCAUUGGAAUGGCAUUGAGCUGGAUGAGAACGGACUGCUACAGCAGCUGGCGGCGCACGAGCGAGCGCUGCUCUUUGGCUCAGCAACUGUGCCCGAAUUCAAAUUCGUGCAUUUAGAUCGCCGCAGUGCACAGCAGGAGCGACGGCCACGCCAACGCCGCAGUGCAGCGCAAGCCAGCGGCCCGUUGGAGGCAAAGCUGCAGUUGCAACAGACGUCGCAGCUAAUCGACGAUGCCUUCAUCUUCAUACGGCGCACAGCCAACGGCACGCAACUCGUGGAGCAUUCACCCAAGUUGCUGCAGCGUUUCGAGCGCUGCUUCUAUCGCAGCGCCUGGGCAGCCUUGGACCUCUGCGAUGAUCAGAGCGUGCGCGGAGUGUUUCGGCAGAACGCGAGCAACUUUGUCGUUCAUCCGCUGCCUGCGCGCUUUGGCCCAGCUGCCCAUGUGCUCUACCAGGCGCGCUUAGAUAAGAGCAACAGCAACAGCAACAGUCAGUCGACGCCGUUAGAGAGCGUGCAGUUCGAGCCCAAUGCAGCGGAAUUCAACGAACCGCAGCAGCAUCAACAGCAACAGCAACAGCAGCAGCAGCAGCAGCAACACUCGCGUCGCAAAUCGCAAUCGCAGCUACGUCUGCGCUAUCAGCCGCGGCAUCAUCAUCAUCAUUAUGAGCAGCCAGCAAAGCAAUUCGAUGCGCAGCGACAUCGACGACACAUUGGAGGUGGGCCACGUGCCUGGGGCACGCCACACGAGCUGCAUAUAGAGACGGCGAUCUUUGUGGACAGCGAUUUGUAUCGCCACAUGGAGAGCAAUUACCCCAGGGAUACGGAGAGUCAGCUGGUGCGCUUUGUGCUGGCCAUGAUCAAUGGUGUGCAGCUGCUCUAUCAUCAUCCGACGCUGGGCAGGCGCAUUAACUUUGUGCUGAAGCGCUUGGAGAUCUUUCGCAAGGAUCCGCCCGAUCUGCAGCGCUCCAGGGACGUUGACACCUAUCUGGGCAACUUUUGCGAGUGGCAGCGUGGCUUCAAUCCCAUCUCGGACGCCAACACGCUGCACUAUGAUCAUGCCGUCAUACUAACCGGCUACGAUCUCUACGUGCUGGACAACGGCAAGGUCAACAGCCAGGUGGUGGGACUAGCUCCAGUGGCGGGCAUGUGCUCGCCCAACAACUCGUGCACCAUCAACGAGGGCAAGCACUUUGAGAGCGUCUUUGUGGUGGCCCAUGAGAUUGGACACAAUUUGGGCAUGCGCCACGACACGCAGGACAACAGCUGCGACUCCAGUCUGCACAUCAUGUCGCCCACUUUAGGCAGCGGGAAGAUCACGUGGUCCAAGUGCUCGCGCACUUAUCUGGAGGAGUUCAUCAGUCGCGGCCAGGCCGAGUGUCUCUUCGAUCGCGGACAGAUCAAGGCGAAUCUGGAUCACAACGCCGAGGGCAUGUUGCCGGGCGAGCGCUUCGAUGCCAACCAGCAGUGCAUGCUCAAGUAUGGCCACAACUCCAAGCGCGCCGCCAGCCAGAGCAAGUCUGACAUUUGUCACGAUUUGCACUGCCAGCGCGAUCGACUCACCUGGACUUCGCAUCCAGCCUUGGAGGGCACAGAGUGCGGCGAUCGCAUGUGGUGUCGUGGCGGCACCUGUGUGCUGCGUCCCAGCCACGAGACGGCGCUGACUUCGCUCAAGCAGCUGAGCGGCCUGGCCAAGCCGAGCUUUGAGAAGAACGCUGGCGUGGCAGAGUCCAGCAAGAUGACGCAACUGCUGCAGGAGUACGAGACAAGAGGCAAUGAGCUGCCGCGGGAGGGCGACAGCGCCUGGAGCGAGUGGGGCGAGGCCGGCAGCUGCGACUCCGGCUGUUUGAUUGGCGCCGGCAAUCGUGAGGGCAGCACCGGGCUGCGCAUUUUCAAUCGCAGCUGUCUCAACUAUCGCCAGCGCUGCCGCGGACGCGAUCGCAAGUUCGAGAGCUGCAUAGCCAAGCAGUGCUACGGCGUGGCCAAACAGACCAUUGCCGACUUCGCGACGAGAGUUUGCAAGCAGGCGCGACUCUCGGACAACGAACUGAGCGGCGAGGGGCAGCAGCUGGUGGGCAGCAUUGAGGACUCGUGCAAGGUGUUCUGUCGCACCAAGAGCAACGCCACCAAGUCGCGCCGCUGGACCUUUCCCGACGGCACCAGUUGUCGCGCCAAGCACUACACGGCCGAUGACGUUGGCUACUGCAUUGCGGGACGUUGCGAGCUCUUCUCCUGCCACACGUCCAGCAACAACUUCUUCAGGCUGGGCCGCAGCUACUGCGCCUACAAGGGCGCGCGUCCCCAACGCGACUCCGCGGAGCAGCAGUCCAGCUACCACAACAAUGUGAGCUAUUGGCGCAACUCGAAUCGCAAUCGCAACGAGAAUGAGGUGGCCGUGCGCAGCUUCCAGGCACAGGAUAAUCACAUGUCGCAUUCGCAGCCGUACAAGGCCAGGUAUCCAUACUCCAUGCCGAAUGACGAAUCGCAGCUGGAGCACGAGUGGCAGGUGAUUUCUGGUUGCCACUCCAACUGCAUGACAGAGUCAAAGGGCAUGCAGGUGGUCAGAUCUCGUCACUCGGGAGAGCACAACAUUCAGCUGUGUACGCAUAAGGCGAAGCCCUGCGAGCAGCUGCAGACGCCGGCGGAGUAUGCGGAGCAAACCUGCGCCCGGUACAGUCGCAAGGUGGACGGCUUGUCUGGGCAUGGAGCGCAGAUCUCUGCCAGCGUUGAGGAGCCGGAUCGCAGCUGUCGCGUCGGCUGCCAGGAUGAGUUCAUCAAGUACCGCUACUAUCUGGUCAAUGGCCAGAAGGGACACUUUCCCAUUGGCACGCGCUGCUCGCAGCUGGGCCAUCGCUACUGCGUCUAUGGCAAGUGCCUGGAGUUUGGCCACGACAACCUGCCGCUGCAGCAGUCGCAUAUUAGCCUUGCCCUGUUCCGCAGCAAGCGCCAGGCGCCGCAGCAGUCGCGCCAGAAGCGCAGCUUUCUCCACUACGCGCCUGUCAACAUAACGGAGACCAUUACGCAGGAGUUUCUCAACAGCAUUGUGAACAGUAUUAUAGACUUUGAGCGGCACCGAGCGGUUGAGGCUGGCGACAACAUCGAACUCUCCAAUCCUAUACACGUCUCUGCAGACGAACUGAGCAACCACUGAAUCCAUAGAAUUCUAAAUGCGCCUUAGCCUAAGUUACAAUCGCUAAGUAUAAUCUUAAGCGAGCUGAAAUAUUCUUAUAGACAAACGUAUAUAUGUGUGUGUGUGUGUGUUGCAUGUGACUGAAAAAUCGCUUAGAAUCCAUUUAUAGUAUAUAAUAGAAAUACAUUUAUAUGUAUAGUUAACUUUUAAUUAAAAUUUU